UCACGACUUCUGGACAUGCUUCCUCUGGAUGGCUGGCCGGCGCUGCUUCGACCGUGCUCUACAUGGUGGUAUGUGGUGGCCUUGGCUGGAUGGGAUCAACCAAACGGUGGGUUUUUUCCUAGUUUAUUUGAAUUUUUUAAAUUUAAAAAUGAAAUUUUUUUUAUUUUUAUGUAUGUUCUUCAUGUGGUGGCCUUUGGAGAAUAUGCUGAUGGUCUUCAUGGUGGUGGUGGUCUGGGGGCCUUUAUGCUUGUGGUGGUGGUGGUUUGGUGGCUCUUGGUGUGGCUCUUCAUGCUCCUGGUGGUUGGUGGCUCUCUUCAUGCUCUUGUUGCCUGCUCUUGGUGGUUGGUGGAAUAUGGUUGGGGUGUGGUUUUUUUUAUUAAAAAAUAA